GGCCUCAAAUUGUAUUGGGGGUUGCUUCACGCACACACACCUCACUCACAGUCAUGGCAGCAGCAACCUUACUGACUUCUCAAAGACCCUUUCCUCUUCACAAAUUCAAUGAGAUUGGUAUUGUUUCUCACCCAAUUCAACGAACCCGUUCCUCAAAAACCAUCAUUUACAGUAUAUUCAAGAACAACAAAGCCAUGGCUGCUUCUCUUUUGGGUGCUGCUGGGUUUGCCCUCACCCUAGUAGUGGAACCCGCCUCUGCUGCCGGGCUUCCAUUGAUGAUGGGUUCUUCUUCUUUGCCACUCUAUGAACCCCCAAAUGCCCUCUCUUUGCCCACCUGGGCCAUCCAUGUCUCCAGCGUCGUUGAAUGGGUUACGGCAAUGGCGUUAGUAUGGCAAUAUGGAGAGAAAUCUGGGUAUGAAUCAUGGAAGGGGCUCUCUUGGGGUAUGGUACCCUUGCUUGGUGGGGCAUUUUGUGCAUGCACGUGGCAUUUCUUUUAUAACUCUGAGGCUCUUGAGGGACUAUUGGGAGGAUGGAGGGGUGGAGGCUAUGAAGCAUGGAUACCUCUCCGAAGGGAGCGCAUGAGUGUUCGACAGGUAUUGGUGGCUCUUCAAGCAGCACUGACAGUUAUAGGUAAUGCCACCAUGUGCUUCGCUGCAUUCCGUAUAUACAAAUCAUCAGGUGGAAGCUCAAAGAAUCCAUAGAGCUUUCCUAUCUUACAUUCUGUUUGUGGAUUGAAUUUUCCAGUGGUCAUGUUUCUCAGUCUGGAAAGGGGAAACAAGCACGAAGCUUCCUGAUUCAUGGUGGAGAAUGAUUUGUUUGAUACUAUGAACUAGCACAUAUGCUUGUGGUUGAUUGGACAAAUUUGGAUGGGAAAGCAGAUUUUUGAGCUGCGGAGACAAUGACUUCUCUCUCUCAUAGCUGGUGAGUUUGUCAACAAAGUGGUUUGACCUUACCUUCCCUAGUUGCAAUAAUAUACAAUUUGUUCAAAAGUUUGGAUAAAUCAUCAUAAGAUCACCACAUGUUUAGACUUUCUGGCUCUCCCUUUUAUGUUUUUUGAUUAUUUUAAUGAUUUUAUUAUAUGUAUUUCAACAAUAGCAUCUCCCUCUCUAGGCCUUUUAUGCCAACUAUAAUUGCUAUUUUGACUGCUAAGAUGUCGGUGUAUCUGAUCAAACUAGUUGAAUUUGAAAUUGCUUA